CAAAGUGUACUUUAUUGUUCAUUGUCCUGGGCACUUGGUUCCACCUUUGGUAUAUCCAGGGAUAUGUCUUUGCCCAGCUCUCUAUUUUUUAUUCCUUAUAUGAGUUAUGAGAUUGAUCACUGUUCGCUAUCUUAACGUUUCAUUGUAUUAUUCACAUUGUACCAUUCUCCUACAGUUCAUAAAGUGAAACUAAGUCACGUGAUCUCCCUCUCGACCAACCACUUGCAUAGUCAUGCAUAAAACAAUCUCAUCCAUUCUAAAGUCGGAAAUUUUCUAUUUCAUGUACGCAAAUAUUUUCCAUCAACAACAAUAACGUUGUCUUUCUGGCUGGUUCAGAUUAUUAUUGUCAGUACAAAUUAUAUGAAUUUUUCAUGUUAGAUCUCAAUAGAAAUCAGUUCAAAUUAAACAGAUCAUUCUUGACGACGAUGUUCGAAAUAAUUAUUGUUUUUGAAAAAUUGUAUUUCUAAAGAUAUUAAAUUACUUUAAAUCGAAUCAGUUUUUGAUUAUAUCGGCAAUAUAAUUAUAAUGUCAAGGAAAUUGAAAUAUUUAUUUUUGGGAUAAAAUUAUAAUUUGGUGUCUUAAAAUCGGGAUAGAUUAUGAUCAUCGCUGAGAUAUGAUAAAAAUGUCAGUAAAUAGGGGGAUUGUUUCUAAAUUUUAGAUAGAUAUUAUAAUUUUGGUAUUUUAGAUAGGGAAAAGUAAUAAUGUGGAGGUACGUUACAUAUUUCGAUAGUUAAAUAUUAGGGGGAUGGACGAUGGAAAUAGUAAAGAAAGAUAUAGCAGAAAAGCUAAAUUUGAUCUUUACAACUUUAACUCCAGAUACAACGGAGAUAUCGAGUUCAUCUAAGAUCAUAUGUCUUUGACAGGGCAUUGUUUUUUCUUUGCUAUAGCGACCACAGUUGUAAAAUGAUCUGUUAUUUCGUGUUCAUUCUCGUGGAAAAUACCCCUUCGUGUAAGUCUAUAGCAUUUGUUACGAAGAGGAAAUGUGUAGUGUAUCAUAUGCGGUAUUUAAAAAAUAUCGCCCAUAAAACCAUUGAUUGACCAAUAUUACAUCGUCCAAAGAUGAUUUUCUUGUGGGAUUAGGCGAUAGAAGAGGGACUCAAUUUCCAUUCAAGAAAACAAAGAUUUGUGGACGUUUUCGGGAUACGAGCAUUUCGAAAAUUCCACAAGGAUUUUUCUACGGCGCUUGGCAUAUUAAGCAGUUAUGUAAAAUCUUUCUAUUUAUCUCAUCUCGUAAAUCUGUGUGGAGUGUUUCUUUCUGGUUUGUGAUCAUUACACAGCGCUAAUUACCUGUCAAAAAGUGAAUCCCCUGCAACAUAAAAAAAUUGUCCGAACCCAGCAGAACCUCGAAUUGGAGCAACAUCUUCCAAAAGACAAUGGCAUGCGAGGGAAGUUCGUGUUGUUCCUGUUGUUCGAGAUGUCACAGAAAAUGGGAAUCUUUGAUAGAGAAUGCAUUUGGCAGGCUCGGUUCUUUCAUUUCAUCAUAUCCCGUGAAAAUAAUGAUCGUGUGUAUUGUUGUCAACUUGCUUCUGACCAUUGGAAUCAUGAAUAUAGAAGUCGAAAAUGAUGUAGAAACACUUUAUACCCCGAUGGAUAGUCAAGCAAUAAAAGACCGGUCUGUAUUACGAAACCUAUACGGAGAUUCCACGAACAGUAGUUUUCGUUCUUACCAACUUUCAGACUUUGGACUGUAUGGCGAUAUACUGAUUCUCUCUAAAAAUAAGACUACAAUAAUGAGCCAAGCCUAUAUUGAUGAAAUAAACAACAUCAAUACUAUAAUCAGAAACACUAUAAUUGUUAGUGAUUCCUCUGGACAAACCUAUAGUUAUGAUGAUCUGAGUGCAGGUUCGAAUCCUAACGAAGGAAUCGCUAGUGCUGUUGUACUAUUGAAUACAUUUCAAGACAAUUUCAUAAUCUCUAAUAUAACUUAUCCAGUUUAUGGGGAAUAUAUCUUGUCGCCCUUUCUUGCGCAGGCAGUUUCUGCUAGCGGAAUGUUAAAUUCUGCAAUUGGAGUAAAAUUGCAGUACUAUCUUCGACAAAGUAAUACAAGUGCAGCGGAACUUUCAAAGAAAUGGGAAAAGGCAUUUGUUACCAAAAUGGAGAACCUGCAAACAAAUCUGACAGAUAUUGCCUACACAUCCUCAGAUUCCCUUGGAACAGAAUUGGACAAAAACACAAAUAGCGACAUAAAAUUUUUCUCCGUUACGUUUACGCUCAUGAUGACAUAUGCAUCUAUUGCUUCGUUGACCAUCAAUUGCAAUAAUGUAGCUAAUCGUAUGAAUUUAGGAAUAGCAGGUGUUAUUGCCCCUGUGUUGGCCAUCGCCUCAGCCUUCGGAUUUGUGAGUGCAAUUGGAGUGGAGUUCACCAACAUCGUUGGUGUAAUGCCGUUUUUGGUUGUCGGGAUUGGUAUAGAUGACAUGUUCAUCCUCAUGUCCGGAAUGGCGGAUGCCCCACCUCUGUCUGAAAUAUCCAUUAAACAAAGAGUGAUUUUCAUGAUGCAGAAGAGCGCAGUUGCCAUAACGAUUACGUCACUGACAGAUUUGCUGGCUUUUGUUGUUGGAGCAUCGUCGGUAUUCAAAAGUAUUCGGAAUUUCUGCAUUUACACAGGUGUGUCGGUGUUCUUUUGCUAUUUAAAUCAACUUUUCUUUUUGUGUCCGGCUAUAACGAUUAAUGAACAUAGAACGAAGGGGAACAAACAUUUCUGUUGUUCCUGUAAAACUGUAAGACCGAGAAACCAAUAUGAAAAUAAGUCGAAAUGUUUUCUCGUAUGUGUUCCUGGAUCGCCCCCCGAAACGAGAUUUGAUGUGGAAAGUCCAAUGGAAAAAUAUCCCAAAAAGUUUAUCCUUUUCAUUUUAAAUCAUACUGUCGGAAAAUCUUUCGUCAUUGUUGUAUUCCUCGCUUACCUAAGUUGUUCAAUAUAUGGAUGUGUAAAUCUUCAACAAGGCCUUCAGCUUUUCAAUUUAGUUUCAAAAGAUUCCUAUUUCUACAAGUAUAGUGUGUGGGACGAAAAUUAUUUCACCACUGAACCAAUGAUUACGCUUUGUGUGACUUCAGAACAAGAAUACCAUAGAAGUGAAACACAAAAUCUUAUAAAUUCUGUGUUAUCCAAGACGAAAUUGGACAGUUAUAUUGAUGACAAUGUUGAGAUAAAUUGGCUUACAAGUUACAAACAAUCUGCACAUUAUAAUGCCGCCACCGAAUCAAAUUUUGUUAGUGGUCUGAAGGACUUCUUGGCGUCACAGAGUGGACAAUCUUUUGAAAACGACAUUGUGUUUGAUACUUCUAGAAUUAAAGUGCUGUCAUCCAAAUUUUAUGUUAAGGCAAAGAAUAUGAAAACAUCAAAUGAACAAGGGGAUUUCAUGAAACGUAUGAGGGAAAUCACGGAGAAUACGGCACUUCCCUGUAUACUCUAUACCCCGGCUUUCGUUUUCUUCGAACAAUACGUACAAAUCCUGCCUAGCACUCUACAAACUCUGGGUAUUGCAGUUGCUGCAAUGCUGUUCGUAACGUUUAUAUUCAUGCCCGAUUUGCGAGUCGUUGCCUUAGUAUGCAUCACACUUAUUAGCAUCCUGUCCGGAAUAUUGGGUUUUAUGUACUACUGGGAUCUGACAUUGAGCUCAAUAACUAUGAUUCAUUUGGUAAUGAGUGUAGGGUUUUCUGUCGAUUUUAGCGUCCACAUUUGCCACGCCUUCAUGUCUGUUGAGGGAAACAGUCGCGACACAAUCCUAAAAAACGCUAUUGAUAGAUCCGGUGGUCCUGUCGUCAACGCAGCGUUUUCCACGCUAUUGGGGAUACUGAUGCUUGCAUUUUCCAGCAGCUACAUUUUUCAAUCUUUCGGUAUCCUGAUGUUUUUGGUAAUUGGAUUUGGACUGAUUCAUGCUGCGUUCUUUCUUCCUUUAUUACUAUAUGCAUUGUUGCCCUGCUUCCACACUAUAGAAUCUGGGAGAGUAAUCGAUUCGCCAGUCGAUUCUAGGUCCCAAAGAGCUUCGUCAGGAGUAUGUUUGUCAUCAUUUGACAACUCCAACGAUAAAAAACAUAAGGAAGCACCGAUUGAUAAGCAAACAUCUUUUGUGAAUGGAGAUCUACCUGUAUCUCAAACAAGGCCUUUACCAAGACCUUUACCAAAACCAAACUCGUCGAGACCUAACAGUCAACAAGGCAUAGUUAAAGAUAUCGGUGAUGGGUAUAAGAUGUACCAACCUCACAAAAACCACGCAUCUUGAGCAAAACAAUAUAUAACAUUCAUUUAAAGUUUGACAAUACUUUUUUUUUAUAUAUUCAAUCAAAGUAUAUCCACCGCAUCUCUUUUUAUGUAAGAUUUUGUGUUAACUAUCUACAUUUCAUAUUGCCAUUUCCCACUGGUUGAUAUUCAAACACAAAGAAUCAUAGAGUGAGGAGAUGAACAUUGCUUUUAAUAAAGCGUAGCAAAUUUAACAUAAAUUUGAUUGAUAGCUUUUAUAUUGUUUAACGUCCCCCUCGAGAAUCUUUCACUCAAAUGGAGAUGCAAAAUUUAAGUCUUUGCUCAACGCUCACGGCCUUUCACGAGGAUGGAUCUUUAUCGUGCCAUAUUUGCUCUGACAGCGGACCUUGGUUUUUGAGGUAUCAUCUGAAGGACCACCUUAUAUAGUCGCCUCUUACGGCAAGCAAGGGUUUCUGAUUAUCUAUUCUAACUCGGACGCCCCCCCCCCCCUGGGAUUAUUUAACAUAGAGAUGUAGGAGAAGCGAUAAAUCAUAAUCAUGAUUAUUCUUCAAAGCGUGUAUAAACCAAUAUCUAUUCAAGUUUGACAUGCAAGUAAUCAGGUACACUUAAAGAGGUCUACGUACAGUUUGUAUAAUCAACUUAUAAAUGGUUUUGAAUGUAGACCCUACAGAAAAACUAUGGUGGGGGUAAUAGUAAAAGUGAGAAGUAUACCUAUGUCUACUUUCAUUUUGACGUUAGAUGUAUUACAACUUUUAUUCAAAACAAUUAGAUAAAUAGGUAUAUUUAUUCCUCCUAUGUACGCGAUCCAACCUCCGGUGUGUCCAGGGAUCCGUGUUUUCUAUAUUAUUAAGUUUGGUAUUCGUAAUAGGAUUGAUGAGAUUAAACACUGUUCAAUAUCUUUAAUUUUUAUUGAGUAGAGGUACAAAAUCUACAUGUUGAUACUGGUGAAAUACCCUAACACCGUUAUGGCUGUAUUGGGAGUAUUCGAUGCCAAAUUACCUGGACGUGUAGCCUUAUCAUGAACGCUAAUGAAGUAAAGAUGGGAAAAGGCUAAAGGUUACUUAUGAACAUUAAGAUAUACAUUUCCAUUGUUUGCUUUUACUAUUUUUAUAAGUUGUAAUGACAGUCAUUUCCUUCUGAGCGGGGUGCAAUUGUAAAAAGUGCGUGAUAAAUAUAGUAUAUCUGUUAUGACGGUUGGAAAUUUUGACAGAAAUGUAAAUAGAUUGGGAAGAUAAGAAAUACAUUUCAUUUUUGAAAAUGCAUGAGGGAUUGAACUGCAACGAUUUACACCGGCUAUAUUUUUUCAGGGAGCGCUAAUUAUUUAUGUGGUUUAUUUUCAACUUGAAUGCAUACAUUCAUGUAUUUACCCCACCCAUCGCAUAUACAUAUGAGUCUUUAUUGCUUGAAAUCUCUAUCUACAGAAUUGAUAUCACAUUCAUAUCCAAUUUUCGGUACAUGUAAAACUGGUAUUAUCAACCAUGGAUAUAUAUAUAUAUAUAUAUAUAUAUAUAUAUAUAUAUAUAUAUAUAUAUAUACAUUCAUCAUACUCUUGAAGAAAUAAAGAAACUAAUAAAGUAUACUAAAGCAGCUUUGUGAUAGUUUUAUUAUUGUACAUCUUGUGUAGAUUUUUAUAUGCUUAAUUCUGGAUUAUAUCUAUAUAUAUAUAUAAUUUUCUCAAUAAAGUUGCAAGAUUGA